AUGUUCUUGAUUGAAGGGCAAGGCAAGGCUAUCCUCUAUACUGGUGACAUUCGAGCAGAGCCUUGGUUUGUCAACUCACUUGCUCGAAAUCCGGCCGUACUCGAAUACACGUGCGGGCUAAAAAUCCUGGACAAGUUGUACCUUGAUACUUCAUUCCUCGAAGAUAUCCCAUUCCAAACAAAAUCAGAAGGAAUAGCUGAACUACUAGCCAAGGUCCAGAAGUACCCAAAAGAUACAACCUUCCACCUGCAAGCAUGGACCUUUGGUUACGAAGACGUUUGGAUCGCUCUAUCCAAAGCAUUAUCUUCUCGUAUUCAUGUCGACGACUAUAAGCUGCGAAUAUUCAAUUCUCUAAAGAGUCGGUCUUCAGAUCAACAGUUUGCACAGGAAUACCAUCUUGCAUCGGGUGCGGCAAUGUUAACAGGACAUAUGUGUGGAAACACUCAACACCUGGGUUGUCUCACCUCCGAUACAAAUGUCCGCAUCCAUAGCUGUGAGAAGGCAAACAUGUGUUCCGUUGCCAAACACCCUUCAGUUGUGUCAAUCCGACCCGUGGUGUGUCGCCUUCCUGGUGGUGAAGCCAUCAUGGAGGCGGGCGUAGGAGGCGGUGGAACGGACUUUUCUCGAGAAGCUGAGCUGCACUGGAUUACAGAUGACGACAUUGACGUCUUCUUGCACUCACUACCAGAGUGGGACGAAGUCAACGAUUCAGUAAAGGACAAGAUCAAGACUCUUUUGACGGGAAUGUCAUCCAGCGGUCGAGAUUUGUCAUUGAAUAUGGAUAUUGAAGACUUUGGUGACGAUCUCUCCGCCGACAUGGGCUUUGUAAUACAGUCUCUAGCCGAAAGAUUGCGCAACAAGUCUGGCAAUCUAAAACCGCCAGCCAAUACGCGACCCGACGGCCUGCCAAAGGUAAUUCUGUUCCCCUUUGCAAGGCACUCCCCCUACAGAGAGCUAUGCCAUUUGGCCGAAGCCUUCAAACCAAAAGACAUCUGGCCAUGUACUGUGGAUCGGUACUGGAUGGAAAACAUGGUGACUAUUGAGAGUCUCUUCGGCAAGUACUGCUCGGAAAGGCUAUUCGAACACGACAAGCAAAUGGCUCCAUUUAUGGCGCAGCAACUCGACAUGCGAUCUCGUGAAGUGAAAACGCCAGAUAGGGACACUCAACAGAGCAAAGGUCUCGACACGAGCCAAGACCUCACGCCUAAAGUCAAACGCACCAGAGACGGCUCGGAUAGAAACUUAUCACAGCAGACGAAUGUCUUGGCAGAAGAGCCAUCUACACAAAAUAUUCCCGAGUCAAAUGCGCCUGCCGAGGACUGUCAUGCAGUAUCAACGACACGGCCCGAACCUGAGCCAACUACGCCUCAAGCCCGUCAUCCAUCCGCGGACACCCGGCCUCAAGCCCACAGCGACGACAAGCCUACUACACCGCCACGAAAGCGCCAGCGUGAGGAAGCCGCUGAAACCGAGUGCAGACUCGAUGCGUGCGGAUCAGACUCACAAAUGACGGACUUGUCCGUCGGUUCAUCAUCCGCGAGCUUUUCCGUUCUAAGACAAGAUGCUUACGACGCAAUGUUGAGCAAUUCAAACGGCGAUGAGCCGUGGGUACCAAUCUCUCUGCUCUCCGCGGAUGGCCAUCACCAUGAUACAGAAGUAGAGCUAUAA